AUGGCCCCUACACAUACCAAUGCUCUUGAUAUGAACCGCACGCCGACGCCACGCACACAUUCAACGCGGUCUUCCUUGGAAUCAGUACGCGCGGGCGCACACUCCUUCAACGACUCCGGCGGUGGCAACAUCCUCGUCGUGUACAUCGUCACGGAUGUCAUCUACCCAACAUCUACGGACUUCAACCACAGCAAGGGCAACUUCCGCAUCGACUCGGUGCACAGCAGCAAACGGACCGCCAAUGCGCGCGCAAAGAAGAUCAUCUACGACGGCGGCCAAGUCGACGGAAGCCAGUACAAAGUCGACCUAGACAAGAUUAUAGAAGAAACCAAAACGGGCCUCUUUACUGGAAUCGGUAUCGGAGGCAAAGGCGACGGCGGGUAUGGCAGCUGCUAUGCGCGCAAAUGCCAAGUCGAAAGCAAAAUGGUGGAUGAGGAUUCCGAAGAUGAAAGCGAGGGAAGCGACAAGUGGAAUCAAGGUGGCGAAUAUCGCACCAACGGCCACAAUAACGACGCAGACAUGGAGAAUGGCGGAGAAGAUGACGACGUGCAGAUGGGUUGA